GAAGGCGGGGAGCGGGCGGCCGUGGAGGAGGAGGGGGAGGCAGCGGCUGCAGCAUCCAGAGCUGGCCCUGGCAGUCGGCGCGCCCCGCGCACAAAGGCGCCCAGUCCCUAGGGAAGGCGAUGAGCGCACCGCAGCCCGGGCCCCGGCCACCGCUGCAGCCAUCGCGGCGUGCGUCCGGGGCGCUGGGGAAGAAACCUGGUGCUCCGGGGACCGGCGGCCGAGGUGCGGCCCGUGCGCCCUAAGCGCGGGACUCGCCGCCCUCCAGGUCAGGCGCCAACCCUCGGGGCGGCCGGGGCGCGUGCUUCCGCGCCCCCCUGAGAUCGGCGCAGUCGGGCGCUUCACUACCUCCGAGCCCUCUUGCCGCGCCUGAGCGCCAACUUCGCCAAGAACGUCCCUAACUCCAGGGCACCCUGCGGGGAGAGAGGGCGCUGCUGCCGGGCACAAGCCGAGAGGACGCGCCGCUGGCCGGGAAGCCAGCAUCCGCGGGGUCGCUCGGACGCCCCUGAGUGGGCAGCAGCGGCAGCAGACCUCUCUCCCGGGAGUUCUGGACCUGCCAGCGCUGGGGAUUCCUCCCGGGCAGGCGCUCGCCCUCUCGUUUAUGGAGCUUGGGCCCCUGCCACAGCCCAGCAGAGGCUGUGGAGAUCAACCAUCAGGAAGCCUGGUUCUCAGCCUCGGGGUCCAUCCCUGGCUGCGGGGAGUGGAGGCUCCGGCGAGGUAGCAGUGGCCCGCAGCGGUCCCCUCCCCAUAGUGAGCCAUGGGUCAGAAACUCUCUGGGAGCCUCAAGUCCGUGGAGGUGCGAGAACCAACGCUUCGGCCGGCCAAGCGGGAGCUUCGAGGCUCAGAGCCUGGGCGGCCAGGGCGGCUAGACCAGCUGCUGGACAUGCCUGCGGCAGGCCUGGCUGUGCAACUGAGACAUGCGUGGAACCCCGAGGACCGCUCUCUCAACGUCUUCGUCAAGGACGACGACCGCCUCACCUUCCACCGCCACCCGGUGGCCCAGAGCACGGAUGGCAUCCGUGGCAAGGUGGGCCAUGCCCGGGGCCUGCAUGCAUGGCAGAUCCACUGGCCGGCUAGGCAGCGGGGCACCCAUGCUGUGGUGGGCGUGGCCACAGCCCGUGCGCCUUUGCACUCUGUGGGUUACACCGCACUGGUGGGCAGCGACUCUGAGUCGUGGGGCUGGGACUUGGGCCGCAGCCGCCUCUACCACGACGGCAAGAACCGGCCUGGGGUGGCAUACCCUGCUUUCCUGGGACCGGAUGAGGCCUUCGCUCUGCCAGAUUCCUUAUUGGUCGUGCUGGACAUGGACGAGGGCACACUUAGCUUCAUCGUGGAUGGCCAGUACCUGGGUGUGGCCUUCCGUGGCCUCAAGGGCAAGAAACUGUACCCGGUGGUGAGUGCCGUGUGGGGCCACUGCGAAGUCACCAUGCGCUACAUCAAUGGCCUUGACCCUGAACCCCUGCCACUGAUGGACCUGUGCAGGAGAUCCAUCCGCUCAGCCCUGGGCAGACAGCGCCUGCGGGACAUCGGCUCCCUGCCCCUGCCUCAGUCUCUCAAAAACUAUCUGCAGUACCAGUGAGCGGUGCUGAAGGCCUGCUGGCAUCUGGUCACAUGGCGCCCAGCUCCAGAGCAUCGGGAUGUGUCACUGACUUGGAAAAGGAAUACCUGUUGCUACUGUGGCUGCCAGGGCCAAAUUGCUGCCCUCAACCGGGACCAGGAGGCCACCUAGUCAACCAGAAUAUAGAGACCAUGUCUUCCUCAAGAGAAUGAAUAAAACAUUUGACAGGAGACGGCGUCCUGUUCCUCACUGCAGACAGGCCCAGGAAAAUUGGCCAGUGGAGAGAAAAUAGCUUCUGAAUAAUGAAUGACGGAGGGAGGCAAGUCCUUGAUGGUCCCCUCUCUGCCUGCCCCUGGCCAGGGCAGGGAGUUUGUCCUUCCAUUUUAAGACUUAGUACCACUUUGAGAGACAAGUCACCAGGGACCACAGCAGUGCAAAGAAUCUGGGCUUUCCUCUCUGAGCCGGCUUCCUCGCCCCUUCCUGCCCUCUUCCAUCGUGGAUCCAGUCCUUUGGCUGUCCCCACCCCUCUAUUCAGGGACAUUAGUCUGAUGACUUGCCCUGGGGACAGAGCUCAUUCUUGGUAUGAUCGUUUUUUAGGUAGCGUUUGCAUUUUGAAAGAGGAGUGUGGUGAAGAUGGCUUUCUCCCAAAGGUGCUAAGGAGGAUGGGGGCCUCGGGACACCAAGUCUGAGACACCAUGAGUGUCCAGGGCUCUGGCCGCCAUCAUUCAGGGUGAAGCCUGGCUGUCACAGAGCUUUCUUGGAGCAAAUUAUUUUUUCACUUUAGGAGACUUCCACAGUUCAUUUCUCGUUUCCAAUUAUGUGUGCGACAUGCUGUUUAUUUAUCAGCUGGGGCCCGCGGUGUGGCCUUGGGAAAGGAAGGGUGGGUGUGACACACAGUCUGAGGCCCUGAGACCCAUCCUCUCACAGAAUGUUGCUGCUGCUGCCGCCGCCGCCGCCGCCACCGCCGCCGCCAGCACCAUCAUUCAGCAACUUUCAUGGGUUCCAGAUACUCUCCACCCAGGCUCGUUUUUUAACUGGAAAUCGUCACAGCAUGGGAUACCAGAGCCAGACAGCGCAGCCUCCACUUUAAUGUGAAUGUGACCUACAAGCAAGGAACAUUUCUAAUAAAGUUUGUCAUUCUGUCCUUGA